AUGGAGCGAGAAGCGCCGCUGCUGUGCGCUGCAGGCGCCUUUGGACGGGUCCGGCGCCUUCUGGCCGCCGCCUCGUGGCUGCCCAGCGUGGCGCUGGGGCUGGCGAUGAGCUCGGAGCCACUGCUCAUGGCGCGGCCGGUGCACCACUGCCGGCCAGACCCGGCGCUGCUGCCGCCGGUGCUGCGUGCCCUGGACGGGCCGGCGCUGCUCCAGGCCAGCGUGCCGCGUGUCGGGCCCGCGCGCGCCUGGAGCCCCUGCCUGCUGCUGCGCUACCCGGAGCCUGGCGCCCCAAACCCAAACGUCACGCCCGCGCCCAAUGGCACGCGGCCCUGCACGCGCGGCUGGGAGUAUACGCUGCCCACUGCUGGCCUGCUGCGCAGCCCGGUCACCCAGUGGGACCUUGUGUGUGAGGACAGCUGGAAGGUUCCUCUGGAGCAGACGGGCCACCUCCUGGGCUGGCUGCUGGGCUCUGUCCUCCUGGGCAUGAGCUGUGACCGCUUUGGUCGCCGGGCUGUGUUUGUGGGCUCGCUGGUGCUGGCCACAAUCCUGGGUGCUGGGGAGGCCAUGGCCACCAGUUUCCCUGCCCUUCUCACCCUGCGGCUGCUCCAUGGGAGUGCCCUGGCAGGGGUCUCUCUGGCACUCUAUGUGGCACGGGCUGAACACACUAGGGAUGGGCAUCUUGCUGCUCUUCUGGGGGUUUCCAGCCCUGCUCCCUGAGUCUCCCUGCUGGCUGCUGGCCACAGGACAGCUGGCCCGAGCCAGAAAGAUCCUAUGGCAUUUUGCACAGGCCAGUGGUGUGGACCCCGAGGACAGCUCCCCAGAUGAGGACUGCUCCCUGGUCACAGAACUGGACCUGCUGACGUUGGGAAGCCCCCAGCCCCAGUACCACUCUGUGCUCACACUCCUGCAUACCCAGGUCACCUGGAAGAACGGCCUCAUCCUGGGCUUCAGCUGAUUGGUGGGGGCAUCCGUGCCAGCUUCCUGCGCAGCUUGACCUCCCAGGAGCCGUCCUUCUAUCUGCCAUACUUCCUGGUGGCUGUGUUGGACGCCACAGCCAGUGUCUUCCUGCUUCUGACCGCAGAUCGUUGGGGCCGCCGCCCAGUUCUGCUGCUGGGUACCCUGGCCACCAGCUUGGCAUCCCUGCUGCUUCUCGCUGGGACCCAAUACCUGCCCCGCUGGGUCACGCUGCUGCUCUCUGUGCUGGGCCUCCUCGCCUCCCAGGCAGUGUCCACGCUGAGCUGCCUCUUCGCUGCCGAGGUCUUCCCCACCGUCAUCAGGGGCGCUGGGUUGGGCCUGGUGCUGGGCACUGGCUUCCUGGGCCAGGCAGCUACGCCCCUGGCCGACAUGCAUGCCCGGCGUGGCUUCUUCCUCCAGCAUGUGGUCUUUGCCUCCUUUGCGGUUCUCGCGCUACUCUGUGUCCUCCUGCUGCCUGAGAGCCGAGGCCGCAGGCUGCCCCAGACCUGGCAGGACGCUGAGAGCUUCCGCCGCAGGUCGCUCUUCCGGGGCCACCGCCCCUGCCACCAGGACCAAAUGCCCCUGCUGCGACCCUCAGGACUUCCCUAG